UUUGCAAAAAUAUUCAAAGAUUUUCUUCUAAAUUUAUAAUUUUUUACAUUUUGAAGUGAAAAACAACAUCAUUAUGUCUUCAACAAAUCAAUCUGUUGUGAAAUCAUCACCAUCAAUGAUGAUUCAUUUGGAUAUUAUGGAUCGUUUACGUCAAAUUCAAUUAAUACAACAAGCAUUAGAAAUGGCUGAAUCAAGUUAUUCACGUAUAAAACAAAGUAAUCCAAUGUUUGAUGCAACAUUAACACAGGCUGAAUCAAUGGCUAAUCAAUUAGCAAUGCCAGUGAUUAAUAAAUUAGAACAGCCAAUUCAAUUGGUUGAUAAUUUGGCUUGUCAAAGUUUUGAUACAAUACAAUCCGGUGUAUCAAUGAUUUCAAAAAAUCAGGUUUUUGAUAUGGUACAAAAACGUAUGGAUGAUACAAUGGAAUUUGUACAAUCAAAUACAAAACAAGCACGUACAAUGUUUGAACAACGUUUGGAACAAACAUUACAACGUGCAUAUGCAUUACGUAAACAAGCAUCCGAACAUGUUAAUUCAGUAAUGAAUGUAUCGGAAACUGUUAUAAAAUCUGUUGAUAAAUCAUUGAAUGCUGCUGAAAAUGCUUUGGAUCGUUUAUUACCACCAUUGAAACCUGAAACUGAAACUAAUGAACAACAACAACAACCGAAUGGUCAACAACCUGUACGACGAUUAUUUCAACGUAUGGUACGUUUUUCCGAUAAACUUCGCCGUCGUAUUGUACAAUAUACAUUGGAAAAAUGGUAUACAAAUGCUGAAAAAUCUGGCCUACAUUUUCGUGAAAAUGUUUUGAAUCUAAUUUCCAGUCAAUUAUCGAAUCUUCGUUUACAAAUGAAUAAUCUUCAGACGGAAGAAAAACCAAAACAAUCAUAAAAAUGUGAUCUAUUUACUAUUGAUCCAUUCAUCCGUCUUUUUUUUCACAUCCAUUCUUUGUUUUUUUUCCCGGGAAGUUUUCUAUUCUCAAUUUCAUUCGAUUUUACCUGGAAAUAUUUUCGAAUCU